CUUUUCUUCCAAGCUCCUCCUGUUUCGGCGAUGGCAAUCAUGUGCCCCUCUAUUCCUCAACUAUGGAUGUACUUCCCAUCUAUUCAGUUGGUAAUACAAAACGAAAGAAACAGAAAUGGGGUUGGAGGGUGUAGUGAAUAAAGGCAUGGAGUUGGGGGAGAUGGCAUUCAACAAAGUCUGGCUGAUAACUGAUAAAUGUCUAGCUGUUUCCAGUGUUGGUGUUUUUUGUGUAAGUGGACAACUCCCGACCCCGGCCUUUGGCGUCAUCGGAGUACAAAGUGACUCUGAGAUCUGGGUUGUUAACCUCUUUAUUGUAGUUGUUCAAAUCACCAGAGCCACCGGUUGCGGCAGUGCCAACACGAGCACCAGCUGCAGAGGUCAAAUACGAGCUGCUGAGGUCAACCACGAAUUGCAGAACUCAAACACUUGCUGUCGAGGUCAGCCACGAGCUGUAGAGGUCCAGUACAAAGUGCAGAACUUGAGCACGAGUUGCAGAGCUCAAACACUUGCUUUCGAGCUCAACUACGAGCUGCAGAGAGCUCCAACACGAGCUGCAGAGGUCAAACAGGAAGUGCAAAGGUCCAACACGAGCUUCCGAGCUCAACCACGAGCUGCAGAGGUCAAGCAUGAAGCUGCAGAGCACAAACACGAGCUGCCGAGGUCAACCAUGAGCUGCAAAGGUCGAGCACAAAGCGCAGGGGUCGAGCACGAAGUACAGAGCUCAAACAUGAGCUGCCGAGGUCAACCACGAGCUGUAGAGCUCAAACACUUGCUGCUGAGGUCGAGCACGAAGUGUAGAACUUGAGCACAAGCUGUAGAGCUCAAACACUCACUACCGAGGUCAGCCAUGAGCUGCAGAGGCUGAGCAUGAAGUGUAGAAGUUGAACACGAGGUGCAGAGGUCGAGCAUGAGCUGAAAGAUAUGUAGCAUGAGCUGCAAGGUGUCAACACCCUCAACAAGGUGCCAACAAUUUUCCUGC